CAAAUCGAACUUAGAUAGGAGUACUAUUAUUGGUUUGCUUAUAAAACCUCCUUAAAAUCCUCGAAACUUUUUGAUUUCCAUAUCCAGUUACAAUUGAACUUGGAACAUCGUCAGCUUCAGAAGUUCUCUGUAGAAGAUUAGCUUAUUAGAGAGAGAGAGAGAGAGAGAGAGAGAGAUGGAGAUUCAAUCGGACGGGAACCCCGACAUGGCUGCAAUCAAGGACAUGCGUCAACAGCUCGAAUCCCGCAUAGACACCGCCCACAACGCCCAACUCGACCUCAUCGCCUCCCUCCAAACCCUAGUCCCCGACCUCGUCUCCUCCCUCGACGUCUCCCUCAAGGUCGUCUCUUCUUUCAACAACCGCCCCUUCACUCCCCUCCCCAACCCCAACCCCAACCCUAACCCUAUUUUCAAGCUCAAACGCCCCCUUCCUCCCCCCGAAACCACCACCCCCGAAAUCCCCAAACUACCGUCUAAGAACCACAAGCCCAAACCCUCUCCCGAAAUCUCUACCGAAAAGUUCACUAUUGACGAGAGUGGGAGCCCGUUGUCGGUGGUGAGGUCGAUGGUGGCGGUGUGUUUGUUGGAGAGGGUGCCUUUUACCGGUAUCGAUUCGUCGACGGUGUUGAGGAAGCUGGAGAACGAUACUAUGGCGACGGCCGGGGAGAAGGCGGCGUUGAGGGAGGUGGGAGGGGAGUCGGGGGCGAUUCUAGCGGUGGAGAUGGCGCUGAGGUCGAUGGCAGAGGAUAGUGGGGGAGUCGAGCUUGAGGAGUUUGUGGUUAGUGGGAAGUCUAGGGUUAUGGUUGUGGGCAUUGAUAGGAGUAAGUUAGUUAAGGAGUUGCCUGAGAGUAAGCAGCAACAGCAGAGUGAAACGAGUUCUUGGAAUGAUGGAAUGAAUCAGAUUCAACAAGGAAGUGGUGGUGGUGGUAGUGAGGUUAAUGGUGGUGGUUUUAGAAUGGGAGGGCUGAUGCCCCGGCCAAUGCCGGAUAUGUGGAUGGGACCGCAAGACCCAUUUAUGUUUCCGGGGUCUAGGGGUGGUGGGCCAAGAGGUAUGGGGCCGGGAAUGAUGGUGAUGCCGAGAGGAAUGGGUGUUAAUCCACUUCAGAGGCCGCUAUUGGGACCAAAUGCUCAAAUGAGUGGCGGCUCAAAUGCGAUUGCGUUGAAGACUAGGACGGAAGAGGAUGAUUUGAAGGAUCUUGAGGCUUUGUUGAACAAGAAGUCUUAUAAGGAGUUGCAGAAAUCAAAAACCGGGGAGGAGCUUUUGGACCUCAUUCGCAGGCCAACUGCAAGGGAAAAUGCUGUAGCUGCAAAGUUCAAAACCAAAGGUGGUUCCCAACUAAAGGAGUACUGUACAGCCUUGACUAAAGAAGACUGCAGACGUCAAUCUGGUUCCUUUAUCGCAUGUGAGAAGGUCCAUUUCCGACGCAUAAUUGCUCAUCAUACUGAUGUCAAUUUGGGGGACUGCUCUUUUUUGGAUACUUGCCGUCAUAUGAAGACAUGCAAGUAUGUUCAUUAUGAGCUUGACAAUACUCAAGAUGUGACUCCUAACAUGAUGAGCGCGGCUGCACUUCCUCCCCCCAAACCUCUAAAGCAACGUGCUGAAUAUUGUUCAGAAGUGGAGCUUGGUACACCACAAUGGAUUAACUGUGAUAUCCGUAAUUUCAGAAUGGACAUUCUUGGGCAAUUUGGGGUUAUCAUGGCAGAUCCACCGUGGGACAUUCAUAUGGAAUUACCUUACGGGACGAUGGCUGAUGAUGAGAUGCGUACUCUUAAUGUUCCUGCACUGCAGACUGAUGGUCUGAUAUUUCUUUGGGUCACUGGUCGUGCAAUGGAGCUUGGACGAGAAUGUUUAGAACUUUGGGGAUACAAACGUGUUGAGGAACUUAUUUGGGUGAAGACCAAUCAACUUCAGCGAAUAAUCAGAACAGGGAGGACAGGCCAUUGGCUUAAUCACAGUAAGGAGCACUGCCUUGUUGGGAUAAAGGGGAAUCCAGAAGUAAACAGGAAUAUUGAUACUGAUGUCGUAGUUGCUGAGGUUCGAGAAACAAGCCGUAAACCUGAUGAGAUGUACCCCAUGUUGGAGAGGAUAAGUCCAAGAACAAGAAAGCUGGAACUAUUUGCUCGCAUGCACAACACGCAUGCAGGGUGGAUCUCACUUGGUAAUCAAUUGGGUGGAGUACGAUUAGUGGACGAGGGUCUGCGGGCUCGGUUUAAGGCUGCUUACCCUGAUGUGGAGGUGCAGCCCUUUUCACCUCCAAGAGCUUCGGCCAUGGAAGUAGACAGUAGCACUGCUGCUCAAAUGAGGAGUCCGUCUGCAGGAGCUGAAUCCAAGUCAACCUCUACUCAGGUUACAGAGGCCAUGGCUCCUGUGGUACCUUACGUUUCUGAGCAAAAGCCGAUGAACUCAGAUAUCGAGAUGACCAACUAACUCUUUGAUAUUCUAUCAAGCACCAAGUUACUUUCCCAGUCCCAUUUUCGGCUCAGGUUUUGUGUACUAUUUAUGGUUUAGACAACCUCUAUACAGUUACCUGAUCUCUGUAGCAUUGUACCAAUUGUGGUCCCUUUUAUCUUCUAAUUUACACCCCCAUUUGGUGAAAUAUUGGGUCGGGUCCUUUUUGGCUUUCCGGUUCUUACGAGAGGGGAUUUUCCUCUCUUCUUCUUUCCACCAGGAGGAUAUGCAGGCUUUUCAAUUAUGUGGUACUGUAACUGUACUGGAAUUAUUGCUCCCUUAUAGGGCGAGAGGCGCUUUGUAGUGCCAUGAAGUUAUAAAUGCAUUUGAAUUUUGGGAGUA